UUUAUUGGGCCUCAUUCUUCGUCUGCUAAUAUUCCAUCUUUGAAGGAGGUCUCCCAUCAGCGGAAACGCAAAAGCUUUAGGAGAAGAUCGGAGAGAAAAUGUCGUGGCAAACGUAUGUGGACGACCACUUGAUGUGCGACAUCGACGGCCAUGGACAGCAUCUCGCCGCCGCCGCCAUCGUCGGCCACGACGGUUCUGUCUGGGCUCAGAGCUCCAAUUUCCCUCAGGUGAAGCCUCAAGAGAUUACAGACAUCAUGAAGGAUUUCGACGAUCCAGGCCACCUUGCUCCUACAGGAUUGCACCUCGGCGGUGCAAAGUACAUGGUGAUCCAAGGAGAACCCGGAGCAGUGAUCCGUGGGAAGAAGGGAUCUGGUGGUGCCACCAUAAAAAAGACAGGACAAGCUCUAGUGUUUGGAAUCUACGAGGAACCCGUGACGCCGGGACAGUGCAACAUGGUGGUCGAGAGAUUGGGCGAUUACCUUAUCGAUCAGGACCUGUAAGGCCAGUCUCAUCAUCCAUCUUUAGUAAAACCCAGUUUUUUGUUCUUGACAUUUGCUACUUUUUUCAUGUCUUCUCUCUCUCUCUGUCUUUGUAUUUUUUCCUUCAAAGAGAACUGAAGUGAGAAAGAAACAAAAGAUUCUGCAGAGAAUAACAGUGUAAAGAAAAACCACUGAAACAGCAGCUUGGUGACUGAAUUAAAUCUCAUUUUCUCUGCGUGA